AUCCUCAUUGACUUGGUUCUGCUCUUCGGGGGAGUGUGGAUGCCCGCGCGUCUCGGACGAUCCGCAGCCCACCGAGCUGUCACGCCUCGCCGCCGCAUGGUCCUGCCCGGUGCCGCGGUGCGCUGUAGCCGAGUUCCAGUCGCUGCCGCUCGGCGUCUCACAGUCCGAUGUCCCCGGUGUCCCGUCGUCUGCUCCCCGCUGCUCGUUCCACCAGCGCCUCAGCCCGCCGGACUCUUCCAAGUGGACGACCGACGCGUAAAAGUGCCACUGAACCUAUAGGCACCGGCUCCCUCUGAUAAUUGGUGCUUUGUUUUUUACUUUCUUUCUUUCCUAAUUUGUUUUACUUUGUGAAGUAUUUUUCGUUCACCGGGGGGACGGGGGAGCUGCGGCGCCGGGAACCAUGAGUGGACGCGGGGACGAGGCCGGGGAGAGCUCUGGCUCCCAGGAGCCCACGGGGGCCGCGGAGCCCCAGAAGAGGAGGCCGGGGAGACCGAGGAAGCCCCAGAAAGAGCCGAGUGGAGAGCCUGUCCCCAAGCGACCAAGGGGCCGUCCCAAAGGAAGUAAGAACAAGGGCCCCUCCAAAGCGGCGCAGAAGAAAGCAGAAGCAUCUGGGGUGAAGAGACCCAGGGGACGUCCAAGGAAAUGGCCACAGCAAGUCAUCCAGAAAAAGCCUGCUCAGGAAGAAGAAGAAGAAGAAGAAGAAGAGGAGGAGGAGGAGGAGGCUGGAGAGUCCCCAGAGAGGGACUAGGCUUCCACACCGUCAAACCUCUACCUCAUUCAGCUGUCAGGUCUUUCAAAGGGGAAAGACUGCAUUGACCACUUAUUUUUUCCCUUUAUCCAACAUUAUUCUACUUCAGUUAGAGAAUUUCCAAUAUCCAGUUGAUCUUUCAGUUUUCAGCCUUUGUGUGCGUCCACACUGAUCUGUCACUGAAUAGGCAGAAAUGCUCUGCAUCUUUAAGUUCCUCUGAUACAUUUCCUUUACACAGAUCACUCAGAACGCAGCAGCAUGGGGGAGCAUCAGAAAGAAACUCAGUAAUCGUAUCUUUGCUGGCUCUUACUGGCUGAUCACAUAAAAGUUCAUCUCCAGACAUUCUGCCUUUCAGAAACAGGCAGAAACAGUACAGCAAAACUACACUCCUCAACAAGAAUACUCUAAAACAAACAGAAACCGGCAGCCAUAAUCAGUAUGUAUGGCCCGCGACCCGACAAUUGGGGUUUGUGGUUGAGGAUCCCUCAAAAACACCAUCAACCGUAUAUGAGUGUGAGCAUUAGCAGACCCUGUCGCACACCCCAUCGUCGUUGACUGAUUCUCCAGACGUCGACACGAGAAAAGAGACUGGGACGGUCUGGUUUUGUCAUAAAGAAAUGAAAGAGCAAAUGUCUGCUGUUCCGGUAUUCCAGUGUUGGCUCUAAAACAAAGGAACAAGUCCGACCUUCCCACCAGUCACCCAAAACCAAACUGGUGUUAAACCCCCGAAGACAGGGAGACGCAGAGAUCUUUCCUCAAGGCUGUAGUUUAUCCAUCCUGUUGGCUGAAGGCCAUUUCGAACAUUUUUUAAAGAAUUAUCUCAAAUUUUGAUUUAGAUCCCCAUACAUCAUCUUUAUAUUUUACAAAAACACCAUCUUCCUGUAGGCUAUUUCUCCGACGAUGCAAGGACAACAUUUUUUAAUUGACAAAGCAAAGGUAUUCCAUGGACCAUGGUCCGUACCCAAACAUGCCCUUAAUCAAACAUUAGCUCGAAACUGGUUGUUUCAAUUGGUAACUGAAAUUAAACUAGCGUUCAAUUCGUUUGAUGGAUUACAGUUUCUAAAAUAAACUGACGAAAGGUAUAGCAACAAAGACACGUUUGUUUUGGCCUGAGAGAGGCUGGUGCUCUAGUGCGACAUCUAGUGGCAGCGAAAGUCAUACAAAUAUAACCUGUGAUAGCGAUUAGGCCGUGUUAGACCACAGGGCAGUGUUUUUCAAAAGACAGAUUAGUCAAAUAAUAAUCUUUAAAACUCCAACCAAUCAAUGUAUCGUCUCUGUUUGUUUUGGCUGCUUGAAAAACACAGUAGCUUUUUAAAAAAUUUCACAUAGUGCAGCUUUAAACGAUUUAAGUGAUAACCAGGUCUUUUUUGGAUCUAGUUCCACAAAAUACCCAUACUGACCCAUACCCAUAUUAUUAUUUUCACCUUUUAUCCAGCACAAAGCAAUAUAUGAAUCACUUUAUAUGUGACACUUUUCAUUUGCCCCAUGCACUUCAGACCAUGUGCUCAGAUAAAAUAGAAUAAAGCCCAUUAUGGCCCCCAAACUGCUUAUCUGAAAGCAUUGAAUCUCGGGACGUGUCCAUGGUCAGAGAACGUUCUAUAAGAGGGAAUCAAGAUCACAAAACAAUUGUUCUAUUUAGGUUAUUUCCAGAAAAUCAACAAAAAUAUUAAAGAGGAAAUAGUCUAGUCCAGCAGUGCCUCAAAUAGGUGUUCUCAGCUUUAUUUCGAUCAACCUAAAGUCAUGAAUUAAGCCAUGAUGAUGAUGGUUCGGGUAAGCCUGGUUUAGCCUGAUAGAGCAGAACGUCAUUGCGCCACCUGAGCUCUGCUUUGCUCUCCCUGUCGUUGGUGGAGUUAACACAUCUCUAGAAAAGGAACCAGAACCCCCUCACACUCAGUCGGGUACUCCACAACCAAGCUCGGACUACUGUUCGCUCAUCGUUCAGUUUCUUGUUUGCGCAACGUAGCUUUAAGAAAACCGUGAUUCCAUCACCGUCACACUGCAACGACCUGCAAAAACCUCAAGAAAAAAACCACAAGAACAAACCACACAUUACCUCUUGACACACUUGAUACCUGGAUUCAGCAGCGGUGUGACACUGAACGUCUCAUAUCACACUGUAACCCCAGGGAGCCCUCGGUUCAAGGAAACCCGAUGGUAUACCAGCGCUCUCUGGUCACUGAUAUGCAAUAUCUUCUCAUGAUUACCAUCUACCUCUGACUCAGCACAACCAGCUCAUGAACGCUGUCGCUCGGUACACACAAAACUGAGUGCGUUCUGAUAUUUGAUAGCGUGUUGUGACUUUAUACUGUACAUUGAAGCGAGGUCCUGCCGGUUGUUCUUGUCAUGGUGGGAAACGGCAAUUUGUCCGCAACUGUUUUGUUUGACUCAGUCAGGUGAACCCCACAUGAUCCACAAAGAAGCAGAAGUAAAAUUUGACAGAGUAUCAUGCAUCAACGUUAAAGGAAAAUUCAGAUUUUUCUUUUCUUUGUUUCUUAUUAUUUUUUUUAUUUUUUUCCCCCACUGGUGACCAUCUUUGGUUAAAGUCUGAAUGUUCAGGUAACAUAACAUUACAAUAUUUUAACCAAAAUAAUUUGUGGAUUUCAGCUUUAACCCCAGUAUCAGGAAAACAUUUUAAAAAUAUCUUCUCAGCAAUGUGACUGUAAGGUCAUCGUAACCUUGAAAAAAAAUAACCCUGAAUUUUCCUUUAAUGGUAGACAGACUCUAAAGCCAUCAGUCCAACAUUCAAAAUGUGCAUAUCCAUAUGGAAUCAUUUUAAGAUCAUGCUUCAAAUAUUAAAGUCAGACUGAGAGUUUUAGCUUCAGCUUUUGGUUGUGUCAAUACAAAAGCAAUAUUUAGUCCAAUCAACUCAAUUUCAAUGUUAAGACAGUCUUUAGAGUUUGUCUCCAUCCACACCCAUGCACUUGGUGCUGACUCGGCUGACAUUUCCUUCUGCCUGUAUUCAGUGGUUUGUUUUUUUUUUAAAUACUGAAAACGCAAAAGCAGCUAACCUUUAUCAAGUACUGUUUUUUUUCUCCUUAUCCACCUCAAUAUUAAUCUGUGUCUAAACAUUGUAAUGGAACUUUGUUUUUCAUUAUCUGCAAACUGGGACCUCUGAGAAAGUGUUAACUUGAAUUUAUUUUGUACUGAUUCACUCAAUGGUUUUAAUACGGAUCAAGUGUAUGUAUGACACGACAUGGUAUAACUACAAAUGUCUUCUUUUUUUGUUUUGAAUAGUUUUUUUUUUCCUGAGUUAUGUACUACCUACAUAUGUACAGUACCUCAAAUAGGCCGAUGAAAAUGGACUAAUCAGUUGACAAAUACCUACCUCCAGUCUUGAAAAAGGAACGAUUUUGCCGGUUUACUUCCAGUGUGAGUUGCAUUGACGUGUAAUACGAUGUACAUCAGGACUACAGAAGCUCCUCACUUAACAUGUUGUAUCAGAUCACUCAAGUUUCCAAGCUCAGUACAUUUAUGUUCUCACAAUCAGAGUGACCUUCAGGUUUAUGGAACAGUUAUGUUUGGAUUUUUGUAUAUUUUCUUCAUGAAUAUUGUCUUCUUGUUUUUAAUUAGUAGAUAUCAAUAUACUUGAUUAGCUGUUUUGUGUACUCCAACACAAAUGUGAUUUCCUUGUCUUGUUAUAUGGUUAAACCAGAUGUAUUUGGAACUGCUUUUCACUUAGUGAUAGACAACAUUGUUUUUUUUCUUUCACCUGUUAUCAUGGCAGCCUUUUGAAAAGUUAACAUGGUAUUUUGAUCUUGGCCAGAGGUAGAACCUCAGAGGGGUUGUGACCUGUCAACCCGCCGUCACCAGCAGCACCAGCAUUGAACACGGGCAACUACCAGAUUAACAGAAGUCGUGGUAAACUCUCACCCGCCAACAACCUGCGCAGUGUUUUAGACUGGAACGAUGCAUUUAGUCUCAAUGCAAAGUACUUUUUUUCUUCUGGUUUACUGAAAUUUGACCCCUGUACUUUGCCCCUUGUUUUUGCUGUCUAUGUUUAUUCAUCACAAUCACAAUCUUAACCGUAGCUGCUAACUAGCUAGUACACGGCCCCUCUGGAAGCACAGUGGCCGCCUGUGUUUUGUGCGACAGUUAAGCCACUGACCAAACUCCAAGUUUUCCACUGGUGAAUAAUUGUACUGGUUGGGCUCUGAGGCACGACUGGCUGAGCCGGGGGCCACGCUGCUCGGCUCGCCUGUGCGUGUUGGUCGCGGACACUCUUGGAUUUUUCAUUUAGGCGUCCAUGCCAAGGAGUCAGAGCAGCCUUGAUGGGCAUCCGAGUGAGGGUCUAAGGUCUCAGUAAAAACAGAUCUGUUGAUGCUCUUAUUAGCAUCAUACUCCAAAUCGCCAGGCAUUCAUCCUGAGCAGACAUACCGUCAACCUACUGCUCCUCCACCAGACACAUUUUCUCAUCCCUGUCAAAGCACAGAAGUUAAUUAUAAAACGAAUAAUAAAUUCCAUUUGGUGUCACAGUCCUGGCAUCGUGUCCAGAGUGACUCACCGUGACAUUGUCAUGGUUCACUCGGACAUGUGAACCGAACAGAGUCAUUGUUAGUGUUAUUGGUAACAACUAAGAUCUUUCGACUGUGAAACAUUACAAAGUAACUAGCAGACUGACAGGUCUGUCAUCAUGGAAGUCUAAAUAUGGUAGAGUAAAUCAGGAGGGACUACGUAACAGUAAUGACAAUGCCACUAACAGUAUCCAAACACUGUGCAGGUGACGGUGUAAGUUCAUGCAACCAGAGCAGUCUAUAAACCGAGAGAAUCACAAGCUGCUGUUAAACUGUGUCGACUGUUAAAGCAGGCUGAUCAGUGGCUUUACACAAAGUGCUCUGAAAAAGAGAGGCUUCAUCAUUUAAUACCACGUGGUAUUAUCGUGUGACCUGUAUCUAGAUUCUAGAUUAGAGUUCAAGAAACAAAAACCCAAAAUGUUUUAAAGGGUAACUACACCAACUUCUGCUAGAAUAAUCUCUCAAGGCAUAUUUCGCAUAUGAAGCUCCAGUGUACCCCAUGCUAAACGAGAUAGGAAAGGAAGCAUUGAAGCUCCUUUCCUAUGCAUUUAGAGAAUCUGAACAGCUCUUAUCAUGGCUGCCGAUAAAAUACUUCCGGGUCACUUGAAGAUUUAGGAAACUACCUGAGCAAAUUUGACAAUUUACUGCAAUGCAAUUGGAGCCAGACAGUGUAGAUCCAGAUACAGACCACAUGACAAUUCCAGAUGUAAAUGGUGUCUACUGAGUUCAAUAAGCUCCAGGCUUCGGACUUCAGAAGUUUCCAUUUCCCUUCGACUCGUGGACUUGAUUUCAGUAGAGCAUAAAAACACCAGCUCUCGUUCUCCGAGAGGCGGCGUUACCUCAGUGUCGGGCAGCACGACUGCAGAAGCCACCAUCGAUGAGUCUUACUGAAGUCGAUCGUCUCUCCUUACGAUACCAUGUUCUAGUACAAUCAAAUACACACUACUACCUCCAAGAAAAGGCCUACUUUUACCUCGUCUUCAAACUUAAAUACUGUUUAAAAAAUUCAGGUGUCUGAGAGCUCACGGAGAACAUCUUAAAGUUUUAUAUAUAUAUAGUUUAUUUUUGUGGGGGAUACAUUUUGUAAGACUGUUUUUCUCUGCCUCUCAGUCACCAUUUGGUGAAACUGGACAUUUACACUCUGAAAAAAGGAAUUUUCUUACAUUAUGCAAUGUUAUGUAGUUCUAGUCUGCGAGUUUGGCUGAGAGACGUCCCAGCGCUCCCUCCGCCUCCACCCUUGUGUAUCAUUUCAAACGUCUUCUACAGUGUCUAACUUUUAUCGCUUUCCUCUAUCCACCUAAUAUUACUUUCUUGACUUCACUACAGAUUUUGCUUGCUUGUUAAACAAAGUCUUUAUAGCUAUUCACUAUGUGUUUUAUUCAGCACAAUAAAAUGUAUGGCAUCCAUAA